AAUUUUUCUCCAGAUGAUACACAACCUAUGACAACUGUUUCUGCAGUCAAAUUUACUUGUCUCCCAAACCUUCUUGGCGAAGCGAAACUCGAUAUGUGAGUCAUCCGGCCACUUGAUCAACAUUUGACAAGACAGUUGGCAUUUUUGCAAAUUACGUAAUAGAUGACCUGCUAACACGAUUGACGUUAAACCAUCUUCCUUCUGAAUAAUUGCGCAGUUAUUACGGGAGACGAAAUACAGGAAGUUUUAAUUCACCGUUUCAAAGGCGUCAUGUAAAUUAGGGGUUGCGUGCAAUAUCCACUGAAUCCUGUUUAGAAAUCUUUCGUUAACAGUACAGAAUGAUGGCUGAAAAAAACUUUACUCGAGGUGGAAAGGAGACCGAAAUAAUCGUAGAACCGUUAUGUUCGAACAUUUUGACAGGUGGAUCACACGACAAGUUGAUAUAUCUCGCAGCAUUCAACGUUUUUCUAUCCAUUACUGCAUUUCUUGGGAAUACUCUGAUCCUAGUCGCCCUUCGCAAGGAGUCUUCCCUUCAUCCUCCGUCCAAACUCUUGCUUCGUUGUCUGGCAGUUACUGAUCUUUGUGUUGGUCUUAUUGCGGAGCCUCUCCUUGUCGUCUAUUGGAUGUCCUUGGUUCAGGAAUAUUGGGAUUUUUGUCGCUACGUAUUUUACUCUAGUUAUAUUUCCGGCUUUAUUUUAUGUUCAGUAUCUUUGCUUGUACUAACUGCUAUUAGCGUGGACAGACUUUUCGCUUUGCUUUUAGGACUGAGAUACCGACAAGUUGUAACUUUGAAGCGACUCUACGUGAUCGUAGUUACCUUUUGGAUUGUGUCCACUGUCGCUGCGAUGUGUUUUCUUGUAAACCGCCUUAUAAACUCUUGGUAUUGUUACACUGUCAUGCCAUUAUCUGUAGUAAUCUCAGUCAUCUGCUACACAAAGAUUUUCCUCGGGCUACGCCAUCAGCAAAAGCGGCAAGCACAAGUUGCACAAGGUCUUGUCCAACAAGACAGUCCAACCCAAACCAUUCGACUGAACAAAGUGCGAUACAGAAAGGCAGUGUCCAGCGCACUGUGGUUGCAGUUGGUACUAGCUGUGUGUUAUCUACCCUAUAAUGUAGUGUCAGUCUUGUUCAGUGAUCACGGUAAACUAUCGUCAUUCAGUUUUCUUGCUUGGCAAUUAGCAGUGACUUUAGUUUACCUUAACUCGUCGUUAAACCCGUUUCUUUACUGUUGGAAGAUAACUGAAGUGAGACAAGCUGUAAAGAGGACAAUCAGACAAGUUCUUUGCUGUUCACCGAGUUAGUUUAAUUUAUUGUAGUGUUAUGCAUCUGUUAUUCCUUACAAAAUAAAGCGAAUUAAAAUAGAGUUACAAUGGUGGAGAACCUGAGUUCUUGGGACAUUGUGUAAUGCACCGAAUUAUCUGGGCUUUACCACUGAUGUUUGAAAAAGCACUGCUAUCCUUUUGAAAUUCCGUUGCUGUUUCCCCCUCCCUUCUAAAUAAAAUAUUGAAACUCAGGAGAAUUUGCAGGUACUAGU